AUGGUGCAAGCACUGGAAAUAAAAUCUAAUAUUGUCUUCUCCCAUAUUGCCAUGAUCAUAGAACUAGUGACACUAGACUUAGUGACAUUACUUCAUAAGUUGUACUUGGACUUCAGACGCUUAGUCAAAAUCGUGUGGGAUGUAUAUUCAAUAGUGAGUAAGUGUUUCGGACAUGGUAGGAACCGAAAUGCGGAGGUUCAAACUCAUCAAGCUCCGAGCGCUCCAAUCUAUGCGAUUCGUGAUACAGUGGACAACAUGGAGCUGUCGAGGCCGGAAUUGGAAACCGUGAUGGCAAAGCUGGGGAUCUUCGGGAACCCGCGUGGCGACGACCACGACGAGUUUCAAGAGAGAAUAGGGGUCAGGGAAAUUGCGGCUCUUUUUGAGGAGGAAGGGCCAAGGCUGGAGGAAGUGAAGGAGGCAUUCUAUGUGUUCGAUGGGAACUGUGAUGGGUACAUUGAUGCCCGAGAGCUGGCCGAUGUCCUCCAUAAGUUGGGCCUUGUACAGCUCUGCGAGGUCGAUUGCAGGAGCUUGAUUCAGGCCUUUGAUGACAAUGGGGAUGGAUUGAUUGAUUUCAGAGAGUUCACAAAACUAGUACAGAAGAGAUUCUCUUAA